AGUGUUGAUGACUUGUAGUCGCCAUAUUUAUUUCGAACCAUAUCCUAAAUCAUGUCCGAAAAUAUGGCGGCAUAAGUAGUCAAUAGGGGGCGGGCGACACUAGCGCUAUGCGCAUACAUCGGAUCCCGGUGUCCCGGGCUAGAUAUUAAUCACAAACUAAAUACCUAGACAUACAUACUAUUGCCUCGUCACCAAUGUGAACUCGUACGAGACCAUUGUAUUUUUUGGUCUUAAACCGUUCCCGGGAACAAUAGUUACUGUUGAUUUAAAUAAUGUUUUUAAAUCUGUGCUGUUGUCGGAUUUGUCGGACGCCUGAUGGUCGUCGGAUGCGCCGAUUGCCAGUUAGGUCAAAUUUUCAAUGUCAUAUCAAUGUCAGUACUGUCAAUUUUGACAGACGUUUAUUUCCUGCCUUGCAUUGCAAGCUAUUUUCAUAAUCGGCACAAGGCAAUUCAGGAAGCUUUCUUUGAUUGAGACUAUCUAUUAUUUUUCUUCCUUUUUGUCGCUAUCUAUAAACUUUUCCUUAAAAACGUACAAAGUAAUGGUCAAACUUCUUACGGCGUUACUUAAUAAUUACAAGGCCUCUUUUUAUAUUCAAACCCAUUUUUUUAGUAAUGCAAUAACUACAAGGCAUUCGAAAAAUUAUAAUAGAACUUUCAAAAUGUUCAAAUCUUCAGUUUAUAAUCUCCAAGAAGCUUCAAAAGAUCAAAUUCAAGAUUUUUUGAAUUCUUUCGAUACUGUUUUAAGUGAUUGUGAUGGUGUCCUGUGGAUUGAUAAUAAUGCCAUCCAAGGAUCAGCUGAUGCUAUGAACUAUUUCCGCAAGCUAGGCAAGAAAAUAUUUUAUGUCACUAAUAAUUCCACCAAAAUUAGAAGUGAUUUUGCUGCUAAAGCUCAGCAGAUGGGAUUUAUAGCAUCACAGGAAGAAAUUUUAUCAACUGCUUAUUUAGCUGCCCACUAUUUGAAAGGCAUAGGAUUCACCAAAAAAGUAUAUGUGUUGGGUUCUAAUGGCAUUGCAGAGGAAUUAAAAGCUGUUGGGAUUAGACACAUUGGUGUUGGACCUGACCUUGUCAAGCCAGACUUCAAAUCUAUGCAGCCAUCAGAUUUGGACCCGGAAGUAGGAGCUGUCAUUGUAGGUUUUGAUGAACAUGUGAGCUAUCCCAAGUUCAUGAAAGCAGCUUCCUACCUUGCCUCUGAAGAGUGUUUGUUCAUAGCAACGAACACAGAUGAAAGAUUCCCAAGAGGAGGGUCCAUAGUUGUACCAGGAACUGGCACCUUAGUGAGAGCAGUUGAGACAUGCUCUGAGAGGAAAGCACUCGUGUUAGGCAAGCCUCAUGAUUAUGUCAGAAAGUUUCUGGAAUCUUGUGGGUUGGAUCCUGCCAGAACUUUAAUGAUAGGCGACAGAUGUAAUACAGACAUUGAGUUUGGUGUCCGUUGCGGUUUUCAAACCCUUCUGGUUUUAUCUGGCGUGACGUCAAACAAGGAUCUUGAACGGUUACGUAACGAGAAGAAGCCUCCUCUGCCAGACGUGGUCCUGCCAAAGCUGGGAGAUAUAUUAUCUCUUUUACAAUCAUAGUAGAAUUCAUUUACUUAGACAAAAAUUAGAAAUAUCAUGGUCAAUAGUAAAUUUUACUGCAAUUGUGAUAAUGUACAAAUCGUUUUAUUUUGUUAUAAACAAUUGUGUUCUGUUAUUUACCUAUAUUUAAGUGUUAUAUUUUUAUAGGAAAGAUAUGAUGAAACAUCAUAACCGCUAAUUAAAUUAAUUACAUAUAUUUACGUCAGCACUUAAGACGCUUACAAUGUGUUCAUUUAAAACUAUCUUGCUAUAUAGUGCUACAUGACAUUUGGUAUUUAAAUGUUUAGAAAAUAAUACGUGCAUAAGUAUAUAUUUUGAUAUUUACUUUUUUAUUACAGAAAAUUAGAAUAAGAUUUUUGCAAUUCACUUAACCUUAUCGUUUCUUUUAUAAUAUUUGACAUAACAUUAACACAAAUUUGUAAGAUUUUGAUAUUGGUAUGUAAUUACCACAGGACAAUAUGGCUUUAAUUAUAAUUGACACUAAUUCAAACUACAUUCGCGGACUGUAUGAAAAGACUUACAUAUUAUAUUGUUUUUUGUUUUCAUUUGCUGUUAUAAACUAAGGUACAUAAUUUGUCUUUAUUGUUUAGUAAAAUGUGUACUUGCGUAGAAAAAAUAUUUUAUGUAGUUACCUGCCUCAAAAAUGAAAUGGUACAUAUGAACACA